AUGUCUUCCCAAAACACCAACACCAACACCCAACAACCCGGCCUCAUCGCCGGCCAUGCCGAAUACAUCAAAGGCGCCGCUGAGGCCGCCAUUGGCAGCGUUACGGGCUCGCACGCCUGGACCUCGUCUGGAGAGCAAGAUAAGGCGCACGCCGCGUCGACGAUGAAGGCUGCUGGCGAGCAACGCGAUGCAUCAACACAGGGAUACGGCAAGGCGGAGGAGAUUGCUGGCAAGGCGUUUGGGUGUGAGGGGAUGAAGACGGAGGGUGCUGCAAGUAAGAAGGAGUAG